AUGGCAAAGCGAAAACCUGUACAGCAUGUCACCUCCGACGAUAACGUCUCUGUAGGAGGAGAAACAGAUUACUUUGACCUCAUCCCUGUUGAUCUCUUCAAUGAUAUCAUCUCGAGAUUGCCGGUGACGUGUCAACUAAGGCUUCGUUGCGUAUCUAAGAACUGGUACUCGUCGAUCAUUUUGGGUCCACCGAGGCUCCUUUUGGCCUUCAACGUUGAAUCAAACUUGUUCGUAUACUCUUCAACUCAACCUAAAGAUCUUGAUGUGGACUCGUCCGUUGUAGCCACUCCUCAUCACACGAGUCUCGGCACAAGUUUCUAUAAGUUAUGUCGCCCUCUUCGCGGAUUGGUCUGUAUUCUACAUUCGGAAAACAAUUCUUCAUGGGCUGUGAUUUCUAAUCCCAUCACAGGAGAGCACGUAACCACACCAAAAUUGUCAGUAAGGGGUGCUUCAACAAGUAUAGACGGAAAAGCAGAGUAUUCGUUUGGAUAUGAUCCAAUAGACAAACGGUUCAAGGUAUUGCGUAUCACCUGGUUGAGUUGCAAGAAAGUAAAAUGGGGCGUUAAGUAUCAUGUUCUGACAUUAGAGACCGGAAAUAGCAAUCUCUCAUGGAGGAAGAUCAAAAGUUGCACCACGUUACAUUACCCUCUAAACGAUGCUAGCUAA